GAAAGACCUGGGCCCCGACCCCUCCCCACGCUCAGCGGGAGUGUAACCCUGGCCCGGGAGACUGUGGGAGGAUCAAAAGAGAAGGCUGCGCCGGACAGUCACCGGUGCCACCCACGCUCCAGCCGGGCUCUAGUGGUUCUCGUGCUCCGGGGCCACCUGGGGUGCUGAGGGGCCAUGGACUCAGGCCCCCACCGCGAAGGGGCCGACCCGGGCAGCAGCGGCCCCCAGGACGGGGAGCUGCAGGUGCUGGUGCAGGAACUCCGGCGGCUCGAGGCCAAGCAGAAGAAGCUGAAGAGAGAGGUGGAAAAACACCAGCUUUUUGAGGACUAUCUGAUGAAAGUCCUGGAGAAAAUCCCCAGGGACUACAGGGACGGGGCGGCUCCUGAGGGGGCCCUGGUGGAGGCCAUGGUGGAGCACUAUGGGAAGCUCUUCAAAGCCAGCCAGGAUGCCCAGAAACACCUGGAAGCCUUUUCCAGGAUGAACCAUGCUGUGCACCAGAUCCUGGAAUAUCUAGAGGAAGGCUUUUGGAUCGUUAUCCCGGGCCUCAAGAUCCAGCUGUGUCAGCUUCAGAAGAAGUGUCACCGCUGGCAGGACCCGUCAUGGCACAGGGAGCAGGAUGUCACUGGUCAGAAAGACCUGGGCUGUUACCACGUGAGCAGUAAAUCUGCCACAGCUGACCACGGGUGCAGAGACCUGAAGUCCCAGAGUCCGGCGCUGUCUGGCUCGAGGAGCACUGGGUCCUUCCACGCCCCUGCCCAGCCCCUGCCUCAGAACCAGCUGCUCCACUACAUGCAAAUGACCAUUGACAGCAUGGCCCAGCUCUGCUGCUCCUCCGUCCAGCCUGAGCCCCAGGGCGUGGACCUUUUCUCCAAGCUCGACCUGAUUCAGGAAUUCAUUCUGGACAAAAUGGAGACGGUGCGGUUCAUCUCACGGCUCAAGGAACCCAGAGUCUGCUGGCCCAGGAGCGGCCUCGGGGGCCGGAGGCUUGGAUGGGGCCCCGGGCUCUCAAGGAAAUGCCCAAAGAGUCACAAUUUCACCCCUAAGAACGCCCCUCCCAGCACCCAGACUUCAGGGCACCCCCGCCUGUGCUGAGCCCGCCCGCGGCCUUGCCAGCAUCACGACCC